AUGUUGCCAUCCCAACAUUACCUCCCACUUCACUGACCAGUGCCACUAAUGACCAUCUAGCACCAGCUACAACAGGACCAUCGCCUUCAGCCCCGCGGGACGUCGUGGCCACCCUCGUCUCCACGCGCUUCAUCAGACUGACGUGGCGAACGCCUGUAUCAGACCCUCAAGGAGACAACCUCACCUAUUCAAUCUUCUACACCAAGGAAGGUAUAAACAGGGAGCGUGUUGAAAACACCAGUCGGGCUGGAGAGACCCAAGUGACCAUCCAAAACCUGAUGCCAGAAACAGUUUAUGUCUUUCGCGUGGUGGCUCAGAACAAGCACGGCCCUGGGGAGAGCUCAGCACCGCUGAAGGUGGCAACUCAGCCUGAGGUUCAGCUUCCUGGUCCAGCACCCAACAUCCGUGCCUAUGCCGCUUCCCCCACCUCCGUUACCGUCACCUGGGAAACACCACUCUCUGGUAAUGGGGAAAUCCAGAACUACAAGCUCUACUACAUGGAGAAGGGACAGGACACGGAACAGGAUGUUGAUGUAGGAGGACUCUCCUACACCAUCACCGGAUUAAAGAAGUACACAGAGUAUAGCUUCCGAGUGGUAGCUUACAAUAAACACGGGCCUGGGGUCUCGACCCAAGACGUUGUUGUUCGAACGUUGUCAGAUGUCCCCAGUGCUCCACCGCAGAAUCUCACGCUGGAGGUGCGCAAUUCCAAGAGCAUCAUGCUGCACUGGCAGCCCCCUCCUGCAGGGACACAGAGCGGGCAAAUCACUGGAUACAAGAUUCGCUACCGUAAGGUGUCCCGCAAGAGCGAUGUGACGGAGAGCAUUGGUGGAACCCAGCUCUUCCAGCUGAUUGAAGGUCUGGAGCGAGGCACAGAAUACAGCUUCCGAGUGGCAGCCCUGACUGUGAACGGCACUGGCCCAGCCACGGACUGGGUAUCAGCAGAGACAUUUGAGAGUGAUCUGGAUGAAACUCGUGUUCCUGAAGUUCCCAGUUCCUUACACGUCCGUCCGCUUGUCACCAGUAUCGUCGUAAGCUGGACUCCACCUGAGAACCAGAACAUUGUGGUGAGAGGCUACGCGAUAGGAUACGGCGUUGGCAGCCCUCACGCGCAGACCAUCAAGGUGGACUACAAGCAGAGAUACUACACCAUUGAAAACUUAGACCCAAGCUCCCACUAUGUCAUAACUCUGAAAGCGUUUAACAACGUCGGCGAAGGGAUCCCUCUCUACGAGAGCGCAGUGACCCGGCCUCACUCAGACACUUCCGAGGUUGAUUUGUUUGUUAUUAAUGCUCCAUACACUCCAGUGCCAGAUCCGUCUCCCAUGAUGCCACCAGUGGGAGUUCAGGCUUCCAUCCUGAGUCACGACACCAUACGGAUCACUUGGGCAGACAACUCUCUGCCAAAGAACCAGAAGAUCACGGAUGCUCGCUACUACACAGUUCGCUGGAAAACAAAUAUUCCCGCAAAUACGAAGUACAAGACUGCAAAUGCGACCACUUUGAGCUAUUUAGUGACGGGGUUAAAACCAAAUACCUUGUAUGAAUUCUCGGUGAUGGUGACUAAAGGUCGAAGGUCAAGUACUUGGAGUAUGACGGCACACGGGACAACUUUUGAAUUAGGUACUGCUCCGUGGCUGGCCGGAGGGGCCGACGUUCCUGAUGAGGCGAAUAAAGUCACGUCUGCCAGAAUGCUGGAGGAGGGAAAGCGUGGAUUUAAAAUUAUUAAGCUCGUGAAUACUUGCUAG